AUGGCCUCCAUCAUAGACUUUGAGCCACCCACAAAUGAUAUCCGUCUCUCCCCUCCUUUCACCCGAAAUCCCUCGUACCGCAACCCCCACCCUCGUAGUCCGUCACAGCAGCAGCGGGCGCCGCAUCAGCAACACUACCGUCAGCCAUCUGCCAGCAGCAACGUUACCUGGAUCCCUCCCUCGCGCUACAUGCGCCAGCCUGCACAACCUCCACCUGCCUCGCCCAUUCCCGUGCCACCGCCGGCGCAUACCGCUCGCGGCUACGCAGAGAGCAGCUACGGAUACGGGCCGGACGCGGACUAUCGGUCGCCGCUGAGACGCCAGCAGAGCCCUAAUCCGUACGGAUACCGAGGCCAAGAAGCUGAGCGACUAGAAGUGGCGAGGGAAAUAAUAGAAACAACAGAUACAGUGGACGACGGCGACGACGUCGAACUGCAGACCAAGCUGCCUCACGCGCAAGGACAAGGGCGCUUCAUCGGAGGAUUUCUAGCCAGUAUACGUCGUCCCUUCGGUCGAUGGAUGGGUGGGCCACGUCCGCGCCCCCACAUUGGAACGGGGCUACCCACCCCGCCUACUUCGCCCGGUCGCGAUAUGUCUCCGCAGCCGCAACCCAUAGAGAGCAUGAUGGCGCAAGCUCGCGCGCAGCAACAGCAACAGCCCUCGCCCAUGAACUCGCCCUCCCGUGACGUGGAGCCGCUGCAAAUCCCGCGCAGGGGCAUGGUCCCUGUUCGCCAGAUGACAGCCGAUACCAUGGAUACGGCACUGACGUUGCCGAGAUACUCGGUGCACCCGCCGACGCCGACAACCGCUCAGCGAGAACUCGAAGAAGCUCGGGAGCGCCAUCGCGCACAGCAGGAAGCGCGUGCCCGAGAGCAACUCCACGAACAGCAGCAAGCGCCUCAGGUUGAGGGCGCUCCGCAAGCCGCAGACGGCGAACACGAGCGCUACGUUACCUAUGUUGCAGUAGAAUCGGACGCGGAUGGUCGAUCGGCGUUGCUCGCACCUCCGAUGUCCCAACGUUCGCCAUCGCACAACUCAAGAGGCCCGUCGGAUCAUCCUGCUAUAGCCGAACAGGAUGAAGACGAGCACGAGACGGAACGUGCUCCAUCCGCUGCAGGUAGUCGUCAUUUAGCAGAAGGGCCGGACGGUGAUCGGUCUAUCCCAGCUGCCACGUCGCCUCCGCAAGAGAGUAGGCCGCAGGAGGAUGAGCUGCCGCGUAGCCGCGAUGUCCUCACCAGGUCUCCAACAGCGUUGUCAGCAAUGUCCCCUGCCCCGGACGCUGCGCGUAGUCCAGUGGGCUCACCUCGUUUGGCGGGGCAAGUCGCAUCACCCGUGUUCGUCGAACCCCAACCGGCCUCCGACUACGACAAGAUGUCGUCCGCGUUCCAUACUGCCCCAUCCGAGUUUUCGACAUUCGCUUCCUACUGGGAUCGGGUCCAGCAAUUUUUGCACGAGCUCGCCGAUCUCCCGUGGAUGUCUACACGCGUUACAACAGAUUUCAUACCCAGCGACAACCCACGCAGCCGGUACGAAAAGUACCGGCUGCGGCAUCAUCCGCAGAAUAUGGUCGAAGCAGGAGUGCCACCCGACUCUUGGUAUGCGCCAGCUAAAGGCCAUCGGGACCUCGACCUCCUGGAGGGUGGUCCAGCGCCUAGAUACGAAGAUGGAUACCCAUAUGGAGCAGGCUCGAGCAUCAGCCCCGCCAUGGCUAUGGCUACCAGAUAUCGAUCGGCGCCGCUGUAUCCAAACAUGUAUCCUGGACAGCACCCAUCUUCGCAGGUUGUUGGACUCUCCGGGGAAUACGCAUCGCCCGAGCAACACCUUCAUCGGAUGGCAUCCGGAUAUGGCUCGGCGCGGUCACCCCCUCGCACACGGUUCUCCCUGAUGCGCGACGAGAGCAUAUACUCCAAUGGCGGGCGAAGCCAGGACCAUGUGUGGGGCAGCCCGCGGUCCGACAGGUCGGUUCCGACGAUCACAAGGGCACGUUCCCCUGCUUAUCCAGUCGGAGGUGGGGGACACCAGAACCAGGGGCGACAACCACCUACAUCUCCAUCAGGGUCUGCGCUUAGGGACCGGUUCAGUUUCCACCGUCGGUCAGAAGCAAGCGGCGGUAGAAACUCGGUCUCGUGGUAUAAUCUUGGCAGCGGCCGUCCCAGGAGUGGAGCUUCAUCCGCCGGGCAGGAGUUGGAGGGACCGUUGAACAUGAUGUCCAUAGUCUCGGGCAACGGCGUGCAAGCCACGCAAUGAACGACAGACACUCGGCAUUCCCAAAGGACGUGGGGGUAUACGGG